CCCCACUUAACCGUCCUCGUAAUGUUGCACAUUUUGAUUUUUGAUUUUGUUUUGCUUGUAUUUUUUCAGGCUUUGGAUAGUGUUGGUCUGCCAGGCAUGGACAGAGUCGACAGCCUAGCAGAGUAUCUGGUGGAGCUUAGGGACCAGCCCUCUCUCGUCCUCACCAACCAGCAGGUGAGCAAUAUAGUUGCUCUUUGGCAGAACCUGCUUGAUUUUGAUAAGCAAAGGGUGGUGUUUGCUGCCAGACACCAGAGCAGGCUGGACACAGGGAGGUUCAGGUCCCCCAAAAAGAGGCAGGAGUUCACUCCAGGGGUGGAAAGUGUGAAGAGGCACGCACUCACCACCACAGCACCACUUGCCCAGUGGCCAGAUUGUUGUCGCCUGAUAGAGACCAUUUUUGUUAAGCUCUGUGCCAUCCAUAAAAGCCCAAAAAAGAAGGGGACAAGCACAGUGUCCAGGUGGGUCCUCAUCUUGGAGGACUACAAGAAAAUCAGGCAGCGCAUUCUGGCCAAUGCUGCUGUUAUGCAGCAGACCACCCUGCAGCUGGUGGAUGUAAGCCACACAACACUGGUUCAGUGGCACAAUAAAAGAGUUAAAAGGCAGGACAGUGCAGUAUUAAUGCAAGGGCUUCAACUGCCUAGCCGCUUGUCUGUGGCGGCUGACCCUCUGCUACCUGCCAAUGUGCGUCCCCCGUCUGCACCCCCCCAACCAGGCCCAGCUCACCAAUACCACCUGCCCAGUAGCACCGUGGGCCAGGCACAAACAAAGAGGAAGAGGAAAGUACUUCCAGCCCCAGCGGUUUUGUCACCGCCAGCUGAGAGACCUCAAACCCAGCGGCAACUCUUUCCUGCUCCACCUCCAGGUGCUCAACUGGUGUGGCUGACGCCAAUGGCCUCUCAGGGACUUACAGGGCCAUUCCUAGUUGCUGCUCCACAGGCGCCUAUGACCAUCCUCCCUUCUGCCCCUCCUGCUGCCCCAGUACGGAAGCUGACACGCAAAGUACAGCACAACACGUGCAAAAAAUGCGGGCAGUUCAGGACAGCGGAGACUGGGCAUAGCCAAUACAAGGGCAUUAUUUACUGCCCCUCUGUAGAGACUGUGCCAAAGGAGCAGUGGUUGGAGGAUAUAAAAAAAACUAAAUGAAAAAAAAAAAAGAGAAACUGAUCUUUGAUUUUAAGAUUUAUAUAUGUAUAUAGUUAUUUUCCCAUAUUUUGUUGUUGUUGUUGUGGUUGUUUUUUACAAAGCCAUUGACGUGUGAAAAGUUUUAUUACGUUUUAUUUAUGUAUAUAGUUUUUUUGUGCUUUUGCACUUUCAAAGAAUGCACAAGAGUAGUCAUUAAUAUUUUUAAGAUUUAUAUAUGUAUAUAGUUCUUUUCCCAUUUUUUUGUUUGUUUUUCUUUGCACAAAGCCAUUGACAUGUGGAAAGUUUUAUUACGUUUUAUUUAUGCGUGUAGUUUUUUUGUGCUUUUGCAU